UAAAGUUAAGCAACUGUUAAAAUGAAACGGAGGAGGAAGUAUCUUAAGAGAUAAAUCCCUGGUUUUCCAGGACCGCCCAUUGUUAUUAUUGUUACAGGAACCUAGUUACGUUGACAGACCUUACGUAGUUGGUCACAUAGUUAGUAGCUUAUUAGUUGGCAUAAAUUUCAUCAUUAUUUAUAUAAGAGUAUAUAAGAAUAAGCCUUUUCUGCUUGGGAUUUGUCGUCAUGGCUGCUUCUUCUUCUUCUCUAAAAUUGAAUACUUGGAGCACUGCAGCAAUUGCCUUCUUCCUUUUGGUCAUAAACCAUAACUUCCAAAUCAUUGAGGGAUGCUUCAACUCCAUAAUUAGUUUCGGCGAUUCACUAGCUGACACUGGAAAUGGGCUUCAUCUCUCUCUAAACAAAAUUCAUCCUCCCCAUUUCGCCAGGCAACCUUAUGGUGAAACCUUCUUUCAUCAUCCCACCGGUCGCUUUUCCGAUGGCCGUCUUGUUAUUGAUUUUAUUGCUGAGAGUUUAGGGCUCCCAUUAGUGCCAGCAUAUUUGGGAAGCAAUAUUGAUGAAAGGAACAAUGUAAAAUUCAGGCAAGGUGUGAAUUUUGCAGUAGGAGGGGCAACAGCACUUGACUCUGCCUACUUGUUGGACAAGGGAGUAAGAGCCCCUAACAAUGUGUCUUUGGGGACUCAACUCGGUUGGUUCAAACAAAUGAUGUCUACUUUUUGCAAAUUACCUUCAGAAUGCAAGGAAUUUGUACAGAAGUCAUUAGUACUAGUGGGAGAAAUUGGAGGCAAUGAUUUCAACCAUGCUUUUCUUGCAAAUAGCACUAAGGAAGAGGUUGAAUCAUAUGUUCCAGCAGUCAUUAGCACAAUUAGCUCAGCUAUAAAGGAAUUAAUGGAGUUAGGCGCAAGCACAUUGUUAAUUCCAGGGGAUUUGCCAAUUGGAUGCUCAACAGCUUAUCUCACAAAAUUUAUGCACUCAGAUAAGGAACACUAUGAUCCUAAGACUGGUUGUAUUAAUUGGCUAAACAAAUUCUCUCAGCAAUACAAUGAGCUUCUUCAGAAGGAACUUCAUUUUCUUAGAGAGCUCUAUCCUUCUGCUACAAUUAUCUAUGCUGACUACUACAAUGCAGCCAUGCAAUUUUAUACCUCUCCAAAGAGCCAUGGUGGUGCACCCUAUUUUCUCCUUGUGACAGGAAGCAUCAAUGUCAGGUACUCCCUUCGUAUUAUUUUACUUAUUCCAAAUUUUUUAUUUUAUUUAUCAUUUUUCACAAAUUAAGAAGAAGCAAAAAAAAAUAAAUUUAUGUUUUAUUCUUUGUAUUAAUUAUUUUUUUUUAAAUUAAAUUUUAAACAUCAUUUAAUAGAAAUAUUAUAUUAAACUAGUCAUGUUAUAAAUUAAUUUUCUUAAUUAAUGUACCAAGUUAAUUUGAGACAUGUAAAAUGAAACGGAAAAUACCAUUCAAGGUUCGCUGAGACAAAGCAUGGAUCUCAUUGUCUUUAUGCCCAGUUAAUCCUAAAACCAUCCAAGGUUUGCCAAGGCAAAGCAUUGAUCUCAAAAUCAUCACUGCCUCUUCAAAUUCAUCUUUAAAAGAUAAGUACACCUUCCGUCUCGAAUUAUCCGUCUGAAAUUGAGAUAAUAUAUCGAUUAAAAAAAAUAACAUAAUUAAUUUAUUAUAAUAUUUUUAUUAAAUGAUAUUUAUAUUUUAAUUUAAAAUAAAAAAAUAAUUAAUAUUAAGAAUAAAACAUAAAAAAAGUUUUCUUCUUAAUAAAAAUAACUAAAAUAAAAAAUUAAAUUAAAAAAUUUGAGAUAAAUAAUUUAAAACGGGGGAAUAUCAAAGAGUCAAUGUGUGUUGAUUUCUAGACGAGUAGAGGAAAAUUGAAAGAAAAGGAAUGAAGACAAAAAGGUCACCAAGUCAACUCUUCGGUGGUUGUCUCUUGUAGCGACGUGGCAUUGAUCUAACCUUGGUACAACACGUCAUCAAAAAAUGGAAUAAGCGAGUUGAAACGUAAGUACCAAAAUACCCAAAAAAAAAAAAACAAUGUUAUUUCAAAAGUACCCUUCUUUGUACUAUCAAACCUUUCACUUAUUACAUGCACUACGUCCAAAUUUUGCGGGUACUUUAGAAAGCUCUCCUUUUGGGUUGUAAUUUAAUUCCUAAAUAAAUAUAUGUUUAAGUCUUCACAAUAUUAUGAUCAUAAUUUUUCUAAUACCAUAUUUUUAAGUUUAAAUAUAGUUAAGGACGGAUCUAUAUUAUUUUUUAAAGUAUUUCGACAUUUAAUAAAUUCAAUGCGAAAUAAAUAGAAUUAUAUAGAAAAUAUAUAUAUAAAAAAUAGGUAUAAAAGAUAUAAAAGUACCCAUUAAUACAAAAAUUAAUUUGGUGCACUGACAUUUAGAUUAAUCUUAAGGUUCUCCAUUGGAAGGAGCAUCCCAGUUCAAACCUCAUUGAGGUAAUAUUUUACUUUUUUCUAAUUUUUCAAUUUUUUAAUCACCCACGAGGCAGUAUUUUACUUUUUUUUAGCUUUUUAAUUUUUUAAGCACCCACAAUUCUUAAAUCUUGAAUCCGCCACUGAAUAUAGUAAUCAAUACUAACUUGAAAGGAGAAAAAAAUUUAAUUAAAAAUAAGUUGAUACAAUUAUUUUAAUUUUUUUAGAAAUGGAGUAAUUUAUUAAAGAAUAUGCUAAAAUUAAAUGGAACAACUCAUUUAGAAAUAAAAGUUGAUACUUCCUCCGUCUAAUUUAUGUGUCGUUAUUUUUCUUUUAGUCAAUUUGUCAGGAAAAUAGUCCUUGGUCGUGUCAGAACUCAGAUUUAAUUGCAGCCAGUCGUACUUGUUGAGUAUUUCUCCCAUUCCAACUUAUACGCAAUAUUUAGGGGUGUACAGACCAAACCGUCAAGUCAAACCAAAUCGAAGAACCAAACCAAACUGAGGAAAAAAAAUGAUUUAU